GGCGCUGGCUUGUGAUUGGUGGAGGGGCCCGAUCCGGAAGGGUGGGCGCUGCUGCCGGGUGGCGGGAAGGUUUCUGCGGCGGAGCGGGUGACAGAAGGACGUUUGGAUCUCCAGUUCAAUUUUAGAAUGGCAUCUGUCUCAGCUCUAACAGAGGAACUGGACUCUGUAACUAAUGAGCUCCAUGCAAUUGACAUCCAGAUUCAAGAACUUACAGAGAGGCAGCAAGAGCUCCUUCAGAAGAAGUCAGUCCUGACAAAGAGAAUCAAGCAGUGCUUAGAGGGUUCUGAUGCAGAGGCGAGCGGCGACUCCGACUCUUCACCAGCUGCGUGGAAUAAAGAAGAUUUUUCAUGGUCUGCAAAGGUUAAAGAUGUGCUGAGAAAUGUUUUUAAACUGCAGAAGUUCAGACCCCUGCAGCUGGAAACUGUCAAUGUCACCAUGGCUAGAAAGGAUAUCUUUCUUGUCAUGCCCACAGGAGGGGGGAAGAGCUUAUGCUACCAGCUUCCAGCACUGUGCUCAGAGGGUUUUACACUUGUGAUUUGCCCACUCAUCUCUCUUAUGGAAGAUCAACUGAUGGUUUUAAAACAGCUGGGAAUUUCAGCUACUAUGUUGAAUGCUUCUAGCUCUAAGGAGCAUGUAAAAUGGGUUCAUGCUGAAAUGGUGAAUAAAAACUCCCAGUUAAAGCUGAUUUAUGUGACUCCAGAGAAAAUCGCCAAAAGCAAGAUGUUUAUGUCAAGACUGGAGAAAGCCUACGAAGCUAGGAGGCUGACUCGGAUUGCGGUGGAUGAAGUGCACUGCUGCAGUCAGUGGGGGCAUGACUUCAGGCCCGAUUAUAAGGCACUUGGCAUCUUGAAGCGCCAGUUUCCCAACACCUCGCUGAUUGGGCUGACUGCAACAGCAACUAACCAUGUUUUGAAGGAUGCACAGAAAAUCCUCUGUGUGGAAAAAUGUUUGACUUUUACAGCAUCUUUCAACCGACCAAAUCUUUAUUAUGAGGUUCGGCAAAAGCCGUCUAGCGCCGAAGACUUUAUUGAGGACAUUGUAAAACUCAUUAAUGGACGGUACAAAGGGCAAUCAGGAAUCAUAUACUGUUUUUCUCAGAAAGACUCUGAACAAGUUACCAUUAGCUUACAAAAGCUGGGAAUUCAUGCAGGUACUUAUCAUGCCAAUAUGGAACCAGAAGAUAAGACCAAGGUUCAUACACAGUGGUCAGCCAAUGAGCUUCAGGUGGUAGUGGCGACAGUAGCAUUUGGCAUGGGAAUUGAUAAGCCAGAUGUGAGGUUUGUCAUCCAUCAUUCAAUGAGCAAAUCCAUGGAGAAUUACUACCAAGAGAGUGGGCGUGCUGGUCGCGAUGACUCAAGAGCAGACUGUAUUCUGUAUUACGGAUUUGGAGACAUAUUUAGGAUCAGCUCAAUGGUGGUCAUGGAGAAUGUGGGACAGCAGAAGCUGUAUGAGAUGGUAUCAUACUGCCAGAAUAUAAGCAAGUGUCGUCGUGUGUUGAUAGCACAACAUUUCGAUGAAGUGUGGAAUGCAGACGCCUGUAACAAAAUGUGUGACAACUGCUGUAAAGAUAUUUUGUUUGAGAAAAAGAAUAUAACACAGCACUGCAGAGACCUCAUCAAGAUUCUGAAGCAGGCCGAGGGACUGAAUGAAAAACUCACCCCACUGAAGCUCAUUGAUUCUUGGAUGGGAAAGGGAGCAGCUAAGUUGAGAGUGGCUGGCGUUGUUGCCCCUGCACUUCCCCGAGAAGACCUGGAGAAGAUCAUCGCACAUGCUCUCCUGCAGCAGUAUCUCAAAGAAGACUACAGUUUCACAGCAUAUGCUACCAUUUCAUAUCUGAAGGUGGGACCCAGAGCCAGUCUUCUCAACAGCGAAGCCCAUGCUGUCACUAUUCAAAUGAAGAGGUCCAUGCAUACUGGCGUCAGGGCUGCGUCAUCUGAAGCUUGUCAGUCAGAGCAAGCAGAUGUGAAAGGGGAAGAAAAAAGCUCAGUUUCACCUGAAAUAAGCACCACUUCUAACCCAUGGCCACUGGGAGAACAGGCUGGCUUUAAGAGAUCAAUUCCCACUGUCUACCCACCCUCUUUGUGAAUGUGUGUACCUAAAGCUGACUUUCUGUAUAUAGCACAGCUCCAGCAUGAGCUCUGAGCAUGCCCAGAAUAGACUUUUUAUUUUAGUUCAGUGUCUCAGGGUUGAUAAAGUAAAGGGUCUGCUGCAGAGUAGACAGGACACAGCAACAGAUGGCCCCGGAAGCUGGCUGAUGCUGUAGUGCUGGAACUACCUAGCAGGCCUGUCCAUCUGCUGACAUCACAGCUGGGUACCAUCUCCAGAGUUCACACUAGAGAGCUGAGCAACCAAAUUUUG